AUGAUUGAAAAACCAGAUGGCGAAGAUUUGAAGAAGAGAAAGGUGGGGGGAGGUGUAGGAUGGAGGAAAGACGAGAUGAAAGUCGUCUUGAAGAAAAAGCGACUUGGAGGAAGUCGCUCCGUGCGGGCCCUUUCGCGUGUAGACUCACCGCCCGGCAGAAAUGCCCAGAGGAAAAGAGGUGAGUAUUGA